AUAGGAAUAUCGGAUAGAGUUCCCCCAUUUUCCCCUUCUUCCAGCUGCAAAGAAACACGCACUCACAGUCCAAAGCUUUUUUCUGCGCGCGGGGAAGAGGGCAACAAUGGCGUCCACCUCCUACACACUCUUCUCCCUCUGCUCUUCCUUCAAUGCUCACUGCAAAAUAUCCCCUACACCCUCCGUCUCAAAGCCCCUCGCUUUCACCAAGCCCAAUUUCUCGUCCUCCUUCAAUCUUCCUCAAAAGCUCUGCUUCUCAUCCUCGCCUUCUCUUCCUCAAUCUGCCACUGUGCCCAAAGUCUCCCAAAUCGACGCCCCCGCCGUCGCCGAGUCCGAACCCGAAUCUCCCCCUGCAGCGACCCAGAUUGUGGAAGUUGCCAAGGAAGAAGCGCCCAAAAGGGAGGAGAUUUUUGCUGUUGUUAUGGUUGGUGGGCGGCAGUAUAUUGUGAUCCCUGGGAGGUUCCUCUAUGUUCAGAGGUUGAAAGGCACAAAUGUUAAUGAUAAGAUCGCCCUAAACAAGGUGUUACUUGUGGGAACCAAGACAACUACCUACAUUGGGAAACCUGUGGUGACUAAUGCUGUUGUUCAUGCUGUAGUUGAAGAACAGGGGUUGAAUAAGAAAGUUAUUGUCUUCAAGUAUAAGAAGAAGAAGAACUACAGGAGAAACAUUGGACACAGACAGGUAACUUCUGCUUCCUUUGUUUUAUUAGUUUACUGCUAGAGUCUUUGUUUCAUGAGAAGAAGAACACACGAUAGUGCCGCCAUUAUUAGGAUGUUUGUUUCUUGGAUGGAUUUGUCAAGUUCCUCUAGAUACUAGGUUAAAAGUUCUUCUGUGUACGAUGAAAAGAAGUGUGAAAAUUGUUAGCCAUCGUCGGAGUUAAUAUGGUUUGCGCCUUCAAUCUGCUUAUUCCUGUAUACCCGCUUUCCGAAUCUACUUCUGAGCUUGUUGAUAUCGCUUCACUCUCCUGGUGAUGGCUUUGAGAGGUCAAACAGAUUUGGAUUGUUUCCUUGACCAAUGUCUCAAGGAAGACCUGGUAGAGGGGAAACGAAGAAAAACAGAGGAUAACAAUUCUAUUUUCCUACUUUUCACAUUACUACCACUACUGCUACUUAUGCACAAUUUUAUGCUUAUUUCCCAGCUAUUCACUCAUUAAUGUGUUUUGAGCCAUUUUAACUUGUCACUGCAGCCAAAUACAAGAAUAAGAAUUACAGGCAUUACAGGCUUCGAAAACUACCCGGCUGUCACCCUCGACUCAAUUGCGAAAUCAAGUUGAUUAAGACCAGUAGCUGGAAGUUCAACAUGACAAAAGCAUUCUUUGAAGUUCUAUUUCCCCUUUUUAUCUCCCCUGUUGUAUUACACAGCUCCUCUAUAGGGUAGUGCUCAAGCUCAAUAUGCGAAUACUGUUGUUCCAAGUUCCAACGACAGACUUGAUUCCAGGUUCUCAGAGUAGCUUCGAAGCAGAACGAGUGCUAAAAAUUAUGCCUCUGUGUAUGAUAUUUUGUAAGCAAUAGCUGCUGCUAGGCUCAUAGCUCAAAAAGUAUUCCAAAGCUGCUGUCCUGUUUCAGUUCAGCAGUAGAUUAGAAAGUUGGGUUUGCUAAUCUUCUUUUAAAAACCCUAUAUUUACUUGUGCAAAUCAAACUUCUAACCUUCUGUGGAAUGUUAAUCAUAACAUGGUACCGACAACCAUUAAAUUUCA